ACUCGGAAUUGCAAUGUAAAUGUAAUCUCUCCAAAUUUGUUUAGUCACAAUUACCACAGUAUACCGCAAGCACGCAAAUCGUGUAAUUUUUAUACGAAAUUAAAUUUUAAACAUGGACGAAGAAAAUACUAAGCCACCAAAACAAAAAAAAAGUAAAGGCGAGCGCAAAGAUAGUCGCGGGAGAAAAGAGACGGAUGAGGCUCAAGAUGAAAUAAAAAAAUUUAAAGAGAAUUUACUACAAUCGGUUUCAGACGGGGGUACAAUAUUCAAUGCUCAUUCUGAGCUCCUAGUGCCGCCGCCGCGACCAAGGUCCGGGUCCACAGCGAGAGACGCGCUAGAAGUGUCCGCUAGUGUGCUGGCUGAACUUGAUGAGAACAAGAUCUUUGAGUUGAAAGAGGCGUUUCUUCUGUUCGAUAUAAACGGCGACGGGUGCAUCGACCACAAUGACCUGCGAGCCACCUUCGUCAGUCUUGGAGAAAGUGUGGACGAUAGAGCUGUUAAGACCAUGCUUUCAGAGGCAUCAAACCCUUUGAACUUUGACGCGUUUGUCAACCUCCUCGGGUAUAAGAGCCUUGAGCUCGAUUCCGAAGAGACCCUCGUCGCGGCGCUGUCUCGCUGGGACACGGAGAACACUGGAUAUAUAUCUGAAGAAAGAAUCCGCCACGACCUAAUGACUUGGGGAGAUAGAUUUACCGAGAAAGAAGCAGAUUACGCUCUGGACGAAGCACCAAUGGUGUUGGACAAGAACGGCUACAACCUCAUUGAUUACAAACAGUUCUGCAGCAAACUUUGCGGUCUCAAGAAACCGAACAAGGAGGUGCUUCAAGUGAAAGACUGAUUUUAUAAAAGUUCUUUAAGUAGUGGUGGCCGUUCAGUUUUACUACGUUGAGCUGUUUUAUUUAUGACCUUGUUUCUUUUUUCAUGUUUUGCUACCUCUAUGUAUUGUAAUGGAAUUUAUAUUAUUCAUAAAAUGUGGGAAGAAAUAAGAGAUUAAAAGUAUUUUCCAUUCAUUAAAAAAGUAAUUAACCAUUAUGUUAAUUUAAACAAUUUGUGUUUGCAAAUAUAUUUAAAUAAAGUUAAGGCUUUGAAGCUU